AAGUAUUCUGCUUUCAAUAUUUUAUAUAUUUUUGUGUAUUAAAUGCAAUCUAUGGAUUUUUGCACUUUUAAAUUUAUUAUAAAUGUUUAAAAAUCCGCAGUCUAACUAUCAUUAUUAAAACGAAUUGUUUUAUUAAUACCCAUAUAUAUGAUCCAAAUAUGACUUAAAAAUGUAUGAGUAUAUAUCUGCGUGUUGUCAGAAAUGUGUUUGUCAGCCAUCAUGUGACCUACUGUCACUCUCAAAACUUCAAUUUUUACUGUAUAGUAAAAGUGGUUUAUUGAUCUCUGUAAUUCGAGCUUUGUCAGCAAGUGAAACUAAUGAACAACGAGAGAUAGAAAAAGCCAAGCUUGAAAAAGAAUACAAGAAGAGUGAUCAGAGGCUUGACGAAUUGGUAUCAUUACAUGAUCAGGACCUUACAGAAGUUAUGCAAAUAUUCAGUGCUUUAUCAGAGAAGGUAACAGCAUCUCGAGAAAAAAUUCAUGCAGUUAAAGAAAAUUUGAAUGCUUGCAAACAAUUAUUAAGGUGUAAACGAGAGGAAUUGUUAAACCUAUGGCUUGAGGGAAUUGAACACAAACAUGUACUGCAUCUCUUAAAGGAUGUGACUCCUGAUUCUUGCACCAGAAUGUUACCUUUACCAGAAUUAGAUACGUUAUCGGCAUCCACAUCGUAUAAUACAGCAUCGGACUGAUAGUCACUAGAUUUAUUUGUAAUUAGUUGUAAUUUAAUCAUUUUCUGUUUAUAAGAAUGAAUAAAAUAUGAGAUAUAGUAAAUGAAUACAUGGAUUUGCACUAUUGAAAA